CUCGAUCAGUUCACACUGUCGAAGAGCUUAGCCCAAGCCAUCUAGUGCCUUCCGACUUGAACACGUUUUACGUCCGUGCGUGGUCAACAAAAAACUUGUGCUAUAGAACAUUUAAUCAGUGCCAACUAUUUUUUGGAUUACUUUACCGCUUCGUUGUUAUGAUAGAGAAAAUGUCUGUUCCUAUCAUGGCCAAAAACUACAGCCACUGUCCUCUUAAAAAGAGGCCCGUGCAUAUAAUCGAAUCCGAAGAACCUGAAAACCUGAGUACAAAACCGGAAGAUCUCAGCAUUACCGGCCGUUACACUAACAAAUCACCAUCACCAUCGAUCUCAGCAUCAUCUCCGGUUUCUUCCUUGCACACUGCCUCACCAGCAUCUACGCCAUCAAGCUCACCAGCUCACGAAAUCGUCUACCCCAAAGCCGAAUAUCCCGCCAACCUAAAACCAGACGGUUUUCAAUUCCGCACAUCAAUUUCUCCUGACUAUGACGCUCCGCAACAGUGGUAUCAGAGUGUCUACUCCCCUCAUUCACACUAUCAGUUCAUGUACCAUCCAUACCACCAACAACCCGCCUACGAAUACCUACGGAGUCCAACCUACAGCGAAAAUUCGCUCUCACCGCCGCACCAUGUGCCCACCCAGCCUCUCGCUCCUCUUGCGCUAAGACCCAACGUUUACCACCAAAUCGAUCAACAUAGUCUCAGUCCUAAUUCAUCUACUACAUCACCGCCGCCACCCUGCAACGCCGAAGAUCUCUCCGCCGAAAAGCGUCGCCAAGGCGUCCGCCAUAAAUGCCCAGACUGCGGUAAAAGUUACUCCACGUGUUCGGGUCUUUCGAAGCAUCGCCAGUUCCAUUGCGCCGCCGGCGACGGUCCGCGAAAAUCCUUCAGCUGCAAGUACUGCGACAAAGUGUACGUCUCGCUGGGCGCCCUCAAGAUGCACAUCAGGACGCACACGUUGCCGUGCAAGUGCAACAUUUGCGGCAAGGCCUUUUCGCGCCCGUGGCUAUUACAAGGUCACAUCAGGACGCACACGGGCGAAAAACCCUUCUCGUGCACCUACUGCAAUCGCGCCUUUGCCGAUCGCUCCAACUUGCGCGCUCAUCUGCAGACUCAUUCGGACGUCAAAAAGUACUCGUGCCUAUCCUGUAGCAAAACCUUCUCGAGAAUGUCUCUGCUUACCAAGCACUCCGAAACUGGUUGCGGUGCUGGACACAUGAUCAAAUCAGAGAAGAUGUUUUGAAAAAACCUCCACAAUGGCCCGAAAAGUGCUUCUAAAAGACUGACACGUUGUACAAAUGUAUUUUUUUCCUAUUUUUUAUACGAUACCGAGUUCGUGUGCCAAGGGUCACGAUAAAUAUGCGCAAAAUCUGUAAAUAGUGCAUGUAUAUAGAUAUGUUACGUUUAAAGUUCUACUAAGUUAUAAGAAAGUUAAUAUAUUUCGAAUUUACAAUCAAAACAGUUCAAAAACUACGCACACUCAGAUUGCCACACUUGAAUGUAAACUACUUUUUAAAAAAUAUUGAAUGUGGCAACCUGACGUACAGCGACUUGUAAAGGGUAGUAGCACAAACUAAAAAAUAGUAACGUUUGUAUGAAGGUAUAUGUUACGAACAUAAAUGCUAUUUUUGUAAGAAUAUAAAAGUAUUUUCUAGUCA